AUAUUCUCUUUCAUUCAGAUUUUGACAGUUUAUCGCAUUGAAAACAAACCACUUUGUCAUAAUCGCCGCGAGGUUAGAUUGUUUUAAGUCAAAACACACAUUUAGCAUUUCUACACAUUUAAAUUUAAUAAACAGGCUUUGAACAAUGUCAACAAGUGUUCUGCUUGCAUGUGAAUUGAAUGAGCAGAAACUUCCGCCAUUCGUAUUGAUUCAGGAGAGCAGUGGAGCAGAUGCAUCGUUUCUGGUAGCCUGUUUGAUGGGUAGUUGCUUAAAAUAUCAACAAAAUGGUGUUGUUUUAGUUUGUUUGCAUCAUGUCAGUCAGCAUUAUAGCAGUGCUGCCGCUAGAUUGGGCUUCAAUAUCAGUAUGGCACGUGAAAAAGGCCGAAUCAUCAUCACUGAACCAUUAGCCGAUAUAGGUGAACAAUUCUUUGCUUCAAAGUACUUGUCAAAGCCGAAGAUUGAAGUGAUUGAUUCAUUGUUCGAAAAUAUCAAAGAAAAUGCAGAGCACCAAUUACAAAGCAAACAAUGUGUAACGAUUCUAAUCGACAAUGUUGCUGCUCUCAUUGAUUUGGGAUGUCCACAAAAUGCUGUGCUACAAUUUUGCCAUAAGCUCAUCAAUUUAUCGAAUGAUCGCAUUUCAAUUGUGUUGAAAAUCAAUACCAGUAAUUUGUAUACGAAUUUUGUUGCCAGCUUAGAUGACUAUGCAACUUCCAAUUACCUCGUUAGAAAGAUGAUAUCCGGUGAUUUUCAAGAAGUUGAUGGGAAAAUCAUUUACCAGAAACGACUCGAUUUCGGUCACACUACAAAAACAAUCCUGUACAAAGUUGGCGAUAAAAAUGUAAAAAUAUUUCAACCCGGCGAAGUUGGAGUUCGGACAUAAAAAUUUUAUUGAAUAAACAUUAAUAUUAUUAGGAGAUUGUUCCUAGAAAUAAAAGUUUUUUUAUACACAGUUGCUUAAA